AUGUCGUUUAAGAAAUUGUUGAACAAAGGAAUAUUUGCAUUUGAAUUCAAGACUUUUGUGGAGCAAGCCUUGAUACUUUAUCAAGAUGAUAACGGGUGGAAGGACUAUAUAAGGUUUGUAUCAUUUGUUGUAGUUAUUUCGCUUUAAAAUAACUAUUUGUUAAAGGUCCAGUUUAUGCAUGAGAUUAAUUCAUCCUGCCUGAGCUGCUCUGCAGCUUUCGUGUUUAUAUAACUUCCGUUUUGCUCAACAGUUUAUUUCCACGGCAAAGAGGUUUUUUGAUCAGGGAGACCGGAACGAGAAGAUGGCAAGGGGUGGGGGCGGGCAGAUUUUCGCACUUUUGAAUUGACUGUAUUUAGGAAGUUUUCUAAGCAUCUCGAGUUGGGAGUGCAUAAUGUCGGGUGGCAAGGGAUUUUACUUGAAUUUAAACACCAAUGUUAAAAUUACCAAUGUUAAUUCGUGAAGAAAAUAGGUGGGGGGGGGGUAACACCCCCAGAACAUUUUUAUAGUUUUGAAGCUUGAUUACGUUUUCUGGAGAGAAUUCUCUAAAGAAUUGCGUCAUAUUGACUUGCGUAUAAGCGUAUUCAUAUAUGAAUUAAACACAAUAUGCGUUGUAUCAUAUUUAGUGUUGUUCCAGUGUUUUUCAUGCCAGCAGACAGAACUGAUGUAGUUCAAUUAAGAUCUUCUACCGUUAUCUUGACAGGUUGGCGAUAGUCUCUGGGCGUCUACAGUUCUCGAUCGCAAUAAAAGACAUGAAGUCCUGGUGGUAUUUCACUACAAAUAUACGGUACAAUGACUUUCAAUGGCAUUCCGUGAGAAUUGAACGAAAUCUGACUCACUUUAAGAUAUUCUUGGAUGGAGAUUUGAAGGCAGACCUGGCGACAAGUUCACCAACUCUCAAAAGUGAUCUUCUCUUGGGAGGAUUUCCAAAUAGUCGUUUGAGUGAAACAAAUUCCAUAACAGAACGCAAGGCUUUCAUGCUAUUUUUGGGUGACUUCCGUUCGAGGUAACGAUUGCCAGCAGUUUUUAGAGCUGAGUGUGAGCUAUCCAAAAUAUAUCAUACAGUUAGUUUAGUUUAGGAACAUCUAUAAAAAUAUCUGAUCUGACCUUCUCUGCCGACUGUGCUUCAGUGUUGGCGUAAUUAAGAAUACUUCAUGUUGAAACAAUGUUUGGAAAACAACCGCGAGGGAUUUUUGCAUGCGUGUUUUUCUAGUACACAGUUGUUUAAUUUAGGUUUCCUCCUGUUGUAACACUAGAUCAAUAAGAGAUGAUCCUUACUGGACCUCUAGGAAAAACAGUUUAGAACUGAUAGAGCUAUCCAGUAUAAAUAAAGUUAGUUUAGUUUAGGUUUCCUCCUGUAGUAACACUGGAUCAAUAAGAGAUGAUCCUUACUGGACCUCUAGGAAGAACAAUUUAGAACUGAUAGAGCUAUCCAGUAUAAAGAAAGUUAGUUUAGAUUUCCUCCUGUAGUAACACUGGAUCAAUAACCUUACAAUAACCCUGGAUCAAUCCUUACUCGACCUCUGGGAAAUUUGGAACUGAUAUAGAGCUCUCCAGUAUAAAUAGAUUUAGUUCGGUUUCCUCCUAUAGUAGCACUGAGAUGACUCGUGCUGGACCUCUGGAGAGAACAGUUUAGCAGGACUAAUAUAGCUACCAUGCAGUAUGCAUGAAUUAACUCGUUCUCUGUUGCUGUCGGCACUGUAUAUCCAAUCGCACGCAAGUGAGAUAGAUGUUUAAUUUGCAUAAACUCUUUUAGGGGAUUCUUUUUUGGAUGUGUCAGAAACAUCACAUAUGGUCUUGAUGAAACUACAUUGAUGCCAGUGAAUGAUAUUCCUACUCUGAGAUCCUAUGUCACGCAAGGCAGGUGUAACCUGAGCCUGUGUGACAAGCGACGUAGGAAUAAACCCCCGGGAAUUUGUGAAAACCAGGGUGUGUGUGUACCUUCUGGGGUGAGCCCACCCACGUGUGACUGUAGAUGGACUGGAUACAAUGGAACCACGUGUACUGAAGGUAAGGUACAGGGCUUGCUCUUCUGUAUAUGUCAAAAACAAGACCCAAACGUUUGAGAUUUGCGGACAUUCAACUUGCUUCCUACAGGCUGCUCGAAUCCUGUGAUCCUCGAUGACGUGGUUAAGCCCUAGCUGUAAGCAUGGUCAAUCGUUAUCGUAUUCUUUCAAUUUCUAGAUGCCCUGCGUCUCGUCCUGAAUGGCACAUAUAAAGUGGCGUACAGAUUGCGUACCCAAGUUCCUGUGAAGCAAGAACAAUUCACAUUACGAAUCAAAACUGCUCGGGAAAAUGCCGUUAUUCUUCUCGCAAAAGAUGCGAAAGAAAGUUCAGAUAAAUUAAAGCUGGAAAUUAGGAAUUCAACGCUCAUGGUAACUUAUGAAACUGGUCGUGAUGAAGGUAAAAAAGGAAAAAUAUUUUUAUUUAUUUUUAUCAUUUCAUCACUUCUCGGCACGCGGCCGUAAUUCAAGUAGUUUUCAGACUAGUGUUCGCAACCAAAUGGAAACAUGAAGAAAAGUCUUGUCGCGACACGGUGGCAACAGUUCACGACAGUUACAACAGUGUCGUCGAGAUAGACUCGAGUUUUAUCUCGGCGACAGUUGCGACAGGCUAAAAAGUGUCGUGACAGUUAUGUUUUAAUGGAAACAGAAAAAGGACAGCGUCGCAACAGUUUUGUGACGAUCAGGGGGGAGCAAAGGUCCCUCAUGGAGGAACCGUGUUUGUAUUUUCAAAACUGCCGCCAGCCGUUUGUUAAGGUCCAGACACACCGGACGCAAUUCGACAAUGCGACGCGAUUUUUUAGUUUUUGAAAGUUAAUAAAACAGCCAAUGAGAGCAAAUUUUGAAAGAUAUGUUGACCAAAUAACUCAAAAUGUGAUAACGCUUCUAAAUAUUUGGAAAGUUAUCGGUCAGUGAAAAUCGAAAAAUCGCGUCGCGUUGUCGAAUCGCGUCCGGUGUGUCUGGACCUUUACGAUCCCUGGGUAAGAAAUUAACUUUCGACAGUUACAACCAUAAAAAUCAUUCACGACAAACACUCCACGACAAGUUCGCGACAGUUGCCACCAAAUGGAAUCCAGACUUUUCUGUUUUUUUGCAAAAUGACUGGAGGACUUUCUUUUCUAGAUCAAGAUAUCUUACGUUCCAGUGAAAUUAUCAGUGAUGACAACUGGCAUUUCGUAAGAUACCGCAGAAAUGAAAAGAUGUUGUUUCUUACUGUUGAUGAAGACACCGUAAACCUCGCCUCCGCGAAAUCUGACCCAAAUACAAGCUACGGUAUUUUAUAUAUUGGAGAUAUUAACAGCGCUUCAAUGAAUUUUACCAUUGAGUUGGAAGAUUUUAUUUGGGAAUACGAAAACACAGAGGUUAACUUUGUUAAAGGAGUUUAUGAAUCGUUUGGUAGCUCUAAUGAUGAGUACAUGAUUAUACCAAGUGGAGUUCUACCAAUAUUUAACUGGAAACUACCAACAAGAAAUAAAAUGACGAACAUGCCACCGACUACAGGUAUUGUUUUAUAAUGUUCAAAUUUGUUCUAUUCAAUUGUGACAAGGACUAGUCAGUCAGUCAGUGUUUGUACCCUAUUUACCACGGUUCGAUUCCUGUAAUAAUUAGCAGUUGUCUGAUAACAGUUUCACCUCUGUAUAAUACUAUUAGCACAGAUUGGGCCAUACUUGUAAUAUGACAGUAUUUUUUCCAUUUAUUUUUAACCUGUUAAAGGCUACAGUUACUAGGUAGUCGAAAGCUUGUUUCAAUCAUUACGAUCAGAGGAUUUCUGACCCAUUAUUAACAUUUCUGAAUUGGUUGAUCGCCAAUUUGUUGCCUGGUAACAUAUCCUGAAAGUCUGAAAUCCACCAUCAUCUCGUACAAAAGCCCUUGCCCCAAAACAGAAGAAGAUUUUUGCUGUUGCGUAUAACUUGUGUAUUGCAUUUCUAGCAUCGACAGUCCUAGAUAAUUGUGAGAAGGCAGGGAAAGAAUGCCAUUCAAAUGCAUACUGCAACAAUACCGUGGGAUCACACGAAUGCCUCUGCAAAGCAGGCUUUACUGGAGACGGAAUAUACAACUGCACAGGUAUGAACUUUGAUAUUUGGAAAUUUAGAAUGUUGUUUAGCCUGUGACGUGUCUUGAACUGAGCGGACAGUGCACUGACUUAGGCAACUUAUCUGCCAACUAGUGAGCCGUUUACACAUACAAUUUUUGCAACGAUUUCAGGUGUGUGUGAACGAGUAGAUAAAUGCUCUGAGUAGUGAUUAUAUCUAUCCUCAUCUGAACAUUCACGAAUCGUCCACCCGUUCCCAUGUAUCAGAAGAAGAGAUUCACACCUAGUUGUAAAUGCGGGCUUUAAUGAAUUCGGGCAUUGUGUUCUAUCCCUCCGGGGUCGCCAUCAGGUAGGUUCGACCGUACAGGAUUUCGUAACUAUUUUGACACUCUAAUUUUAGACAUUGACGAGUGUGACGGAUCACCGUGUCACGAGCAUGCGCACUGCAGAGAUACGAGUGGUUCUUACACAUGUACGUGCAAGCAAGGAUUUCAUGGGGAUGGACAUCUCAACUGUACAGGUAGAGAUUUUACUAACGCCCUGGGAAACCUAGGAAACAUUGCUUCCUGCCAAUGUUUCGCCAUGUUUCCCAGAGUGGGCAAACACUAGGGAACAUUAGUGAGAAAGAUGGGGGAAACAUCAAAUGUUUCUGAAUUCGCUAGGGAACAUUUUUGCUUCCCGGGAAGCAAAUUUUGUUUCCGCAACAAUGUUUCCACGGGUGGGCAAACAGGGAAACAUUUGAGGAAAUAUCGAGAAUCACAAAUGUUUCCACAACAAUUUUUCCUAGUUUGCCCAGGGCUUAACGCUUUGACACCUGAGCUACUAUUAAUCACUCAUUCGAAUUACUUCCUUAGAUCGUAUUCAUUUAGAGUCAAGGCUGUUUCACGAUACGACAGGGCAGCGAUUUUUAUUUUUUCCUCGUUUAAGUUUCCCAAAUAUAUAAUUAUUAAACGCACUACGUCACAAAUCCUUAGAGUGUCCUCCAGAUGCUCCCUAACAAUAUCUUUUCGGGUACAACAACGAUAUACAGCGCAAAAAUUAACCAUUUUAACACAAAAUUAUUAUAAACUUUUACAAAAUUUGCUUUGUUUACAAAAGUUCUAUCAUGCAUAGAUUGCUAAUUUGUCUUCCAGAUGCAUCGUCACCGGCGCAGUGACGUCAUGUGCAAUGGGUCUAUAACAUUCUGGGUUAUUUAGUCUACAUAUCUUUUAAAAUUUCUUUAAUUAGACACAUGGGUAGAUAGUCUGAUUAACCCACUGAGCUCCAGCGCGUCUCCUUGCUGAGUGAAAUCGUCUGGCGUUAGACGGAGUAAAGUAAUAAAGUAGGGUGCAUUAGGGUGCAAUGCAAUUUAAUGGGUUAAUAUUUCUUUCAAUUUCUAUCAAGAUGUCGACGAAUGUGGUGAAACACCAACACCAUGCCUUGAUCAAUGUACAAACACCUACGGAUCUUAUCAAUGUCGCUGUUCAAGAGGCUUCACUGGCGAUGGAAAACACAAUUGCACAGGUACAUCGUGCAGAAGAUUGAUUCAUCCUUGCAUGAACACAAACAAGCAUGGGCGUACGGGAAGGAAAAAAUUAGGGGGGCGGAAAGAAAUUUGCCCGGCUUUUUCGGAUUGUGCCGUUGUCAAAAAAAUGUUCCGGAGAAACUUUCCAAAAUUGUUGUCGACGGGGGAGAGGAGGAGGAUUACGAGUGAUUACGAAACAUUCCUAUUAGAUAGCAUAUUUCCCACAAAAUUGACAGAAUUUCCAACAAAAUUGACAGAAUUUGUCCUAUUUAUUUUUAUAAUAAGCCAUGUAAACGAAUAUUGCCCGAUUGGCUUUGUUUGCCCAGCAGACUGGGGGCGGCUGCCGCCCCCUCCGCCCCCCCCCCCCGCCCGGUACGCCCAUGCAAACAAGCAAAUAUAUGGUCGUGAAAUACACAAGUUUAAAGUAAUAAUCUUGAACUGUCUAUGCCAGUGUAGGUAGUGGCAAAGGAAGGGCCUUGAAACGUCGAAGAUCUCCUUGUGUAUUUCAGGUAGUUGUAUCUCUAUGAACCCGAAGCUUUCUGUCUAAAGUGAUGUAUUCUUUUCGACAGAUCGAGACGAGUGUGCUGAGUCAGAAAAUAUAUGUGGUGAGCAUGCGCUGUGUAGAAAUACGGAAGGAUCGUUUACCUGUGUAUGUGAUCGUGGUUAUAUAAAAAACGACGAUGGUAACUGCUCAGGUAACAUGGACACGUUGUUGAGUAUCUAAAUGUUGUUCCAGAGUUCAGAUUUUACUUCCACGACUGCUACCACAAACCAAUCAGAUGCGUUCAAUCUACUCGAUUACCCAAUCAGAUGCGUUCAGUCUACUCGAUUAACCAAUCAGAUGCGUACAAAGCCAGCACGAGGUAGUGGUAAUGGAAGUCAAAUCUGAACCUUUUUACUAAUACUAAGUACCAUUAUAUACAAUUAUCACUCCCAUUUUACCCUUGGUACUAUAGCAAUCAGUCAUUUUAGCAUAACAAGGCUCAAGGCAAAACAUAGACUUGCAAACUGGAAAGGACUUUGGGAAAGUCUAGGCUAAACACGAAACUCAUGUGAAAAGAGUCAGGCAACGCUCUGCCGAAAGGUCGUGAGUUUUCUCCAGAUGGUCGGGUUUCCUUCCACAGGGAAAGUUGACGAUGUGGAUUAGGAUAAAGUAAUAUUACAAUUAUUGUAAAAAUGGAUAGUCUAUGAUGAAAAGCGCAAUUGGUCAUAUUCAUAGAUAUCUUAUAUACACUAGAUAGCGCAUCUCUUAAUAAAAAUGAAGCCAAGAAUAUUCCAGCGGUUACCACCAUUGGAAUAGAUGGCGGCCAUGUUGGUAGUUCCCACUCGCUAAUAAACGCUUAAAAACAACAAUAACUUUCAUCAUUUGAAUAGUUUAAAAAUGUAUUUGGAAUAGGUAUAACUUAAUGUUUAAGUUCCCUGUUUAAGAAAUCGAAAACAUACGAAUCUUCUCUUUUCAUGGGAAUAUCCUGAGUCUGCAAUCACAGCUUCAAUUUUUGAAUUGCAGAAUAAUUAGAUGCACUAUCUAGUGUAUAUAAGAUAUCUAUGAUCAUAUUCUACAUGCAAAUUUGAGCUACAGAAAUGUUAGCCGUAACCGUAUUAUUAUUAUUAUUGUUAUUGAAAUAUUUAGAUAUUGACGAAUGCGCUCAAGACAGGUCAAUUUGUCACGCCCUAGCCACGUGUAUAAAUACGGGAGGAUCCUUUACAUGUCAAUGUCCAGAAAAAUAUCACGGCGAUGGUGUUUCCACAUGCUUACCAAACAAUCCUUGUGAAAUAGUCCUAUGUUUUCCUGGCUUGAAAUGCUCGAGAACUUCGAAUGAUAGUUAUAGUUGUGAAAAAUGUCCACCGUUUUUUGAUGGCGACGGAAUAAACUGUAUCCGCAACAAAAGCAAAAGUAAGUAACACAUUAAGCUACAUUGCACUUCAAUUGUAUUGUUUGAGUUCGUUGUUUUACUCUGUCUAAUGUCAGACGAUUUUGCUUGUCAAGGGGAGAUUGCUUGGUGCUACAAGGUUGUCACUCACAACUUGUUGACAAAUUGUUGAAUUGCAGGACGAUAACAAGUUGUUGGAACAACUUGUAACACGUCUGUUGAGCUCAACAACCUUGUAGCAAGUUGACAACUUGUCAACAAGCUGCGAACAAGCAGUAGACUUCUAGGAGGAGUAGCUUAGUCAGCGGUAAUAGAGCUAUCCAGUUAUAAAUAGUUUAAUAUUAUCCCAUAAUUGGAUUGAAUGCUAGCAUUUUGACGUUAGACAGAUUAAAAUAUUGAAGUAAGGUGCAUUCAGAGCGCGUUGCCAUAAUUGCCAUACGCUAUAAUUCUGCGGGGUUUUUUCAUCUUGCGCAGGUGUUGUGUCAAAAAAGAGUGAACUAGUUUUGACGAACGAAAAAUGGACAGAUGAACUAACAGACAAGUCCUCCGAAGUAUACAAGACACUGGCAACUCAACUGAUUGAAAAAGUAUGACCAGCGUUUUCGUUUGAUCUUGAACUCUUUUCAUACAAUGAUAUCAUCAACUUUUGUCUUUUGAAGAUAAGGAAAGUAUAUGAAGAAAAACCCGAGUUUGUCUUCGCAUCCAUCGUGAAAUUCAGGUACAAUUAUGAUUGACUCAUUGAGCGCCAGCACCCUCCCCUUGACGAGUAUAAAAUCGUCUGGCGUUAGACAGUAAAAUAAUGAAGUAGGGCGCAUCAGGGUGCAAUGUUCAGUGAUCAGAAUGUUUAAUUGUCUUUUCAUUGUUUUCAAAAUCCCUCUGUUCUUCAUGUCAUCCAUCCAAGAGCCAGUGAUCGGAAUGUUUCAUUGUCUUUUCCAUUCGCAUUGCACGCAAACGUUAAGGAAUGUUUUUAUAUACUAUAAAUCUAUUUAAUAGUCUGUUUUAAUGCUGUUUUAAAGAACGUGUUAAAAUUUUUGUUUUCAAUAUAGAAAGGGCAGUGUUGUGGCUGAAUUUGAACUAAUAUUUUCAACGGAUGUGGAGGAUCCUUUCAAACCUUUACAAGAGGCAAUCAGUAAUGGCCAUUUGGCCAACAUGACAGUAAAAACGAGCGAACCAGGUCAGUUAUGAAUUCUUUUGAAGUCACUAUAGACAUCAACAAGUUCACAAAUUAAUGAUAGAAGUACGUUUUGUGGUUGGAACUCCACGUUUGAGAUAUCUUUUUCAGGUAGUUCAGAUACAAACCACGAUAGUUUAUUGUAGAAUACUACCUACAUUGGACCACCAAGUUUGAGAUAUCCUUUUGUAGAAGGUAGCUUAUUGUAGAAUACUUCCUAUACACUGGACCACCACGUUUGACAAUUUUUUUAGGUAGUUCAGACACAAACCACGACAGCAUUGAUAUUGUAGAAUACUGCCUACACUGGACCACCACGUUUAAGAUAUAUUUUUCAGAUAUUUUUUGUUAUUUCUUCAUAGUUGCAAAUAUUGAUUCUGAAAAGAACGAGAUUCUUGGUUUGAAUGAAACCAUAUUUAUUUGUGUGGUCGCUUUAGCGUCUGGUAUCUGCAUACUUGGUGUAACAGUGAUUAUAUUUAUCUUGAUUAUGAGACGAAGCAGGCGUCGCAGCGCCCAGAUUUACCAAGAAAAACAGGAGGACAAUUUGGAUGCCGCUGAACCCCAAGAAUUGUUGUUGUACAAAACCUCUGUGCAGGAGCCUAAUGGUCAGUGUGUUAGUUAA